AUGCGCGGGGUGCGCCGUGAGGGCAACGCGCAUGCGCAGAGUCCUCCGUUGAGAGCCGGGAAGAGCGCUCGGAGGUCGCUGUGUGCAGCCGUCAGUCCGUCCCUGAUCGUUAAGGUUGGAAAAGGCCUCCAGAGACCCCCAAUUCCAGCCGAAUUCCCCAUUUCCAAACCCAACCCGCUGUCCCACAGGGAUGAACCCACAGCCCUGGAUCUCCACGUACCCAAGGACACCCCGCUGGGAGACAACAGAGCAGCGCAGGAACCCCAUCAAGAAGCCCCCAAAGCGACCAAACCCACAGAGGGUCCUCCCUGCGGCCCUACAAAGGGCAGGAGCAGGGAACCACCACGCCUCCACCAAACCCAACCCGGCACCACGUGUGCUGAAUGCGGGAAGAGCUUCAGCCACAAAUCAGCCCUGGUGAAACACCAAAAAAUCCACUCCGGCGACCGCCCUCACGGCUGCCCCCACUGCGGCAAAGCCUUCAUCCAACGCUCCGACCUCACCAUCCACCAACGGGUGCACACGGGCGAACGGCCCUACGUGUGCCCCGACUGCGGGCGGCGUUUCAGCGUCAGCUCCUCUCUGCUCACCCACCAACGCACCCACAUUCCCGGUAGGGAGAAACCCAACCGCUGCCCUCAGUGCGGCCGCAGCUUCGCCGACGCGGCGGGUCUGGAUCGGCACCUAAAGAGCCAUCUGGGGGGCAAACCCUACGAGUGUGGGGUCUGCGGGAAGGCUUUUGCCUGGAGUUCCCAUUUGGAGAGGCAUCGGCGCAUCCACACUGGUGAGAAACCCUUCCAAUGUGCCCAAUGCGGGCGGGCAUUCGCCUGGAGCUCCCACCUCGACCGCCAUAUGCGCACCCACGUGAUGGUGGAGGAAGAGGAGGAGGAGGAGGAGGAGGAGGAGGGUGGGGAGGAUGAAGGCCUUCCUCCUCCACCCCAGAAAUGCGCCGAUUGCGGGAAGCGGCUCAACCACCAGACGGACCCCCAGCGCUUCAAGCAUAAGGGGACCCAAACGUCACCCACUGGGGGUGAGGAUGGGCCCUCUGUCACCCCAGUGUCACCAAACGGAGAUGGGCCCUCCAUCACCCCAAUAUUCCCAACUAGGGAUGAGGAUGAGCCCUCCAUCACCCCAACAUCAACUGGGGAUGAGGACAGGUCCUCCAUCACCCCAACAUCAAGCAGGGAUGAGGAUGGGCCUUCCAUCACUCCAACAUCAACUGGGGAUGAAGACAGGUCCUCCAUCACCCCCAUAUCCCCAACCAGGGAUGAGGAUGGGUCUUCCAUCACCCCAACCUUCCCAACGGGGGACGAGGACGGGCCCUCCACGUCCCCAUCCCCAUUUGAGCAGCGCAGCACACCCCUCACGCAGACCUCCGACCUCAAACACUGUCGCGUCCACCCCACCGAGCGGCCCCACCGCAAACAUCGCUUCCAACGGAGCCCAGCGUUGUCCAAACACCCACAAACCCACCCUGAACCCCACGCUGAGGAACCCACCGUGAAGCCAUCGCACCCAUGCGGGGCGUGCGGGAAGACCUUCGGUUGGCUCUCCCAUUUGGAACGGCACUGCCGCGUCCACACCGGGGAGAAACCAUUCCGUUGUGGGCAAUGCGGGCGGGCAUUCACUGUCAGAUCCCACCUGGAGAGGCACCGAAGGCUGCACCGUGGGGAGAAGCCCUACUGGUGCGGGCUGUGUGGGAAGGGCUUUGCGUGGAGCUCCCAUCACGACCGGCAUCGGCUCACCCACACGGGUGAGAAACCCUUUUCUUGUGCCCAAUGUGGGAAAGGCUUCGGGCGCAGCUCACACCGCAACCGGCACCAGCAUGCCCAUAUGGAGAGGCACCCCGGUCAGCCCGAGCGGGGCACGCAGCCGUGCCCAUAGCACGGGGUGAGGGGACACAGCCCUGCUUCCCUGCUGCCUUCCUGCCCUCCCCCACAGCAGCCCUGGGUGCCGCCGCUGCCCCCCAGCUCCUGAGGUAGGGGUGGGGAUUUGUAGGGGGGGGCUCAGAGCCAACCCUGCAUCUUUAGGGUCACCCCGCAGCUGGAGCGGGGAUGGGUUGCUGCCCCCUCCUCCACGCUGGGUGUUAAGGGGAUGUUUUGAUGUCCAGGAUGCUGUCAGGGUGGGGGUCAGGAUGGAAUGGGGUGGGUGGAGAGGUGUGGGUGGGUCUGGGGGGGUCACCAAGCACGGCAGGGAGACUUCACCCCAUGGCUCUCCCCAUCGUCUGCCCCACAGCACGGGGUUGGGUGUGUGGGACCCCUUGGGGGGAAGGAAGGAGGAUUGUGGAGACGAACGGCUCAGAAACACCCUGGGGGCCCCCAUGGGCCCCCCAAACACCGCUCGGGUCGGGCUGUGGGUUUGGGCUGCCGGGACGGUAACCCAAUAAACAGAACUUCACCAGAAA